AUGUCGAAAUUGAUCGACUCGCAUGUCAGCACCAAGCAAGCAAAACUCGCGAUCGAUGCGCUGUUAAAGUAUAAUGAAAAGCGUCAAGCUGAGAAAGAGGAGAGCGAAUUGCUGGGUGCGAGGGAAGAGGUUGUGUGGUUGAACGUUGGGGUCAAGAAGGCAUAUCCGGAGAAAAAGCUCAAGCCGUUUAGCAUUCCUCUUGCUCGACCGAUCAUCGACCCCCGCACGACCUCGAUAUGUCUUAUUACCAAGGACCCUCAACGAGAAUACAAAGAUCUCCUGGCCGCCCAAAACGUCAAGUUUGUCUCUCGAGUUGUAGGAGUCACCAAGCUCAAGGGCAAGUUCAAGCCUUUCGAGGCCCGAAGACAACUCAUGAAGGACCACGGCAUCUUUUUGGUCGAUGAGCGGGUGGUACCUAUGAUGCCCAAACUGUUGGGAAAGAUAUUUUUCAAAGCUAAAAAGCAACCUAUUCCUGUCAAUCUACAGAAAAAGGAUGUGAAAUCCGAAUUGGAGCGUGCGGUAUCGUCGACGUACAUGCACCAGAAUCAGGGAACUUGCACAGCGAUUAAAAUUGCUCCGACGACGUUUACAUCUUCUCAAGUUCUCGAGAACCUUACGACUGCGCUGCCGGAGAUUGUCAAGCGUAUUCAAGGCGGGUGGGAAAACGUCCAGAGUUUACAUAUCAAGACUAGUGGAAGUGUAUCGUUGCCGAUCUGGUCGUUGGAGAGAGCGAGGCGAGGAGGAGAGCGAAGAGGACGAGAGCCUGCGCCCGUAGUGAAAGAAGGGAAGAAGAGGUCUGCUCCGACCCCUCCUUCCGCUACGAAUGCGAACAAGAAGGCCAAGGCGUCCGAACCGGCAAAGGUUGCGACCAAGGAAGCAGCUCCGGUAAAGGCAAAGGCAAAGGCAAAAACGAAGGCCGCGGAAGCUACAUCCGUCAAGGCCGAAACGAAAUCCCCUGUUGCUGCUGCUGCUACUGCUGUCGUGGUGCCCGCAAAAAAGGCGAUACCGAAAACUCCUAUCGUGGAAGAGUCGAGUGGAUCCGAUUCUGAGCCCGAACCCGCCCCGAAACCUACUAUCGUCAAAAAGCCAGCCGUUGCGAGCAGCGUUGCACAGAAAAAGGCCAAAGUACUAGCUUCCAAGGGCUCUACCAAGGGAUCAAAAGCGAGGAUUUUGGGUAACAAAAAGGUGUCUUCGCGAUAG